AUGUCUUUCGGUGCAAGUCCCAGCGACCUUGUCAUGCUUCUCACGGCUCUCGAUCGGCUGGCCCGGACUCUCCUCAAAGAGGCAGUCGAAAGCUUCGUGCGGUGCGCAAGAGUGUAUGAGACUUUUUCUAAAUUCGCAAGACAUCUUGACAGCUGUGAGGCAAGUCACGGCAUUCAGAGCAGCGACCUGUUUAGACAUUCUCAAGGGGAAAUCGCGAGGCUGCUGCAAGAAUUCUUCGGCAAGAUCAAGGACUUUGAACCUUUUCUCGGUUGCAAUCGUCAUCGAAAUUCGCUCCGAGGUGCUAUCGCCAAAAUCCAAUGGUCACAACAUGCAAAGGCCUUGGAAGACCUUCGUCAAGACCUCGAGACCCAGAUGAACACUAUCACCUUUGCGAUUCUAGUACCUGCGAGGCCAAACUUCCUCACGCAGGUUCUGCCGGGUUUUCCGGGACCAGAGUCUAUCCCUCGCCUGCCCAUCGGUGAUCACUUCACCUUCGAAGAUGCACGUCGUGUGGUUCGUUUGAUCUCCUUCAGGGAUAUACCAAAUUGGGAGCAUUUCCACGAGUUCCUUCUUCGAGUAUUCCCCCACGGUCGCCGAGGUCACAGCGCCAUUGCGGCAAGAUCCUACGUUCUACAUAACGCCGAUACUGGAAAAGGCAUUCUACCAAGCAGCCCCUGCGUGAAGGUCUUUCGAGAGUUCAUCUCGCCGGAUGAACGCAUCGAGAUGAGCAUCAUCUUCCCCUAUGAGGACUCUUACACUACGAUUUGUCCUAAGUGUAAGACUAGGCGCAGGGACACUACGAACGUAGCUGUAACGUGUCGUAAAUGCGGUCUCUUUGUUCGCUUUCAAGACUCAUUUAGGGACGCAAUAGAUCCCCUUACCCAACUUGCAAUCGACGACGUUCGCGGAAGCGGCUUACGCGCGUUUAUCAACGACUUCGUUGAUGAGGCCGAGAGGAACGGCUAUUUCAACGCGAAUCACAACAAGCACCAGCUAAAGGACUUGAUCGGUAACAAUUUCCCAGAUUCGAGGAUCCAUUAUGCGAGAGGAGCGUACAAAGAACAUUCGGAAAUCCAAGAUUUUCUGCGAGUGACGGUCUACAUCCCGCAAUGGCCAAGCUUUGAGCAAGUUUCGACCUUCAGGAAUGCUGAGAGGCUCUUAGCCAAAGUCAUGAAAGGCUUACAACGCAGACUUGAGCUUCUCCAGACUGCCACAGACUCGCCUUUGGCUAUUGUCGGGAGGGCAAUAGGCUCCCGAGCCCUCGGUGGCCGCCCUGAAUCGACUGUGGAAUUUUUGAGAUUAGCCUGGUCGAUGUACGAUUUCCGGACACAAGGAAAGCGCAAAUCUGUGCAAAUUAUUCGUGUCCUAGCAGCCUACUAUCAAUGCGCCAAGGAAUCCAGGUACCAAUUCCACCCUUCGGUCGUUAAGGCACGAUGUCUUCUCUGGACGUUUGCACAAGUCCUUGCACUCGAGAGAAAGCUCCUCCUCAGCUGCGCGGAAGCCCUCAAUCCCUGGUGCAAGCCAGAAGGAACGACAUACGAGGAAAGCUCCACAUUCCACAAGCUCUUUUCAGUUCUCUUCAUACCUCAUGUUAUAGUAAUCAGAUGUACUUUCGACGUCCUUCAAGAUGCGGGAUCAUUCUUGUUUGGCACGAGUCAACCUCCAGAAGUCCUCUGGGCAAUUUUUCAGAUAAUUAAGGACUCGAGAAAUAUUUGUCUUUGGUUUUGCUCAGAUGGACACUUAGGAAACUACGACCUGGAUCUCACACCGUCGCACCUCUUCACUGGAACAACAUUCACAAGAGAGUUUCACCGAGCGAAUUCGCCCGCCCGGGGUUACUUGGAGUCGAUCUUGAGGUCAGGAAGUGAAACUUUAAAGGCCGACAUGCUCAGAUGGAUUUUUGAUGCCUACUAG